AUGGCUGGACAGUAUGGAUACGGUAACCAGCCGAACCCCUAUGACCAGCGCGGUCAGGGCUACGGCGACCAACAGGGCGGCUACGGCGGCCAACAACAACAUAAUCCUUAUGCAGGUCAAGGAGGCUAUGGACAGCAGCAGCAGCCGCCGCCGCAGCAGAACCCCUACGCCCCCGGCGGUGGCAACAGACGUUAUGGUAACAACAACUCGUCAAUAGACGGCGGCUACGCCGGCUCCAACGUGGAGAUGGCUCCCCUCGCCCAGAAUGCUAGCUCCAUGGCCGGCAACGAUGGCAACGCCAUUCUCAACGAGUGCCGCGACAUUGACACGGGUGUUGCCCAGAUUGAGCGCAACCUCGAGCAGCUGCGCAUGCUGCAGCAGAGAACCCUCGACGACGCCGACAGCUCCUCGUCGAGCGCCGCCAACCGCCAGCUCGACGCUCUCUCCUCUGAGACCAUGGCUCAGUACCGCGAGCUAACGGAGCGCGUACGCACGAUCAAGUCUCAUCCUGAUGCCAACACGCCCAAGAACAAGCCGCAGGUGGGCCGCGUCGACCGGCGCCUGAAGCAGGCCAUUCAGCAGUACCAGCAGGUCGAAUCAGGCUUCCGCAAGCGCACCCAGGACCAGAUGGCCCGCCAGUACCGCAUCGUACGCCCCGACGCCUCCGAGGACGAGGUCCGCGCCGCCGUCGAAGACACCAGCAACAGCCAAGUCUUUAGCCAGGCUCUUAUGCAGAGCAACCGCCAGGGACGCGCCCGCGCCGCCCUCUCGGCCGUGCAGGACCGCCACAAGGCCCUCGUCAAGAUUGAGCAGCAGAUGGUGGAACUCUCCCAACUCUUCCAAGACAUGGACACUCUCGUCGUCCAGCAGGAAGCGGCCGUCACGCAGAUUGAGCAAAAGGGCGAGGAGGUUGUCGAGAAUCUCGACAAGGGCAACGAGGAGAUGGGCACCGCCGUCAACACAGCGCGUAAGACGAGAAAGAAGAAGUGGAUUUGCCUCGGUAUCUGCGUUGCCAUUAUCGUGGUCAUUGUCAUUAUUGUCUUGAUUUACGUUUUUGUCAUUCGCGGCCAGAACAACAAUAACAACAACAGCAACCCGAAGCGUGCCAUUGAGUUGGCGACCCGCGCUCUGCUACCUGACGUUGAGGUUCGUGCCGCUGAGGAGCAAGACGUGCUGUCAGAGCUGUCGCGGCUGGCACAGGACCGCGUGCAUCUACCUCACUAUGCCCGCCAGUAA